GUCGACUGCGCAGGUGGAGCUCGAUAGAGUGCAGAGUUACACUGAAAGCGAAAGUACAUUUUCAGUGACGUCUCAGUAAACACAGAGAGAGUAUCCUGAAGAAGCAGGACGCAGAAGAGCUAAGAGUUGGGAGUACAAGGACAGAUCAGAAGAUCUUCAAAAUGAGUACAUCUGAUGAGGAUUAUCAGCUUUUCAAAGAUAAAAGUCCGGUUAAAAAAGGAGAUUAGAUUCACCUGAACGCAGCUGUGUGUCCAUAAAGACUGACCAGUCAAAGGAUUUUCCAAUGGAGUCCAGGGAAGCAGAAUCUUCAAAGUCAUGCCGGCUUCAAAAAGAGAGAUCAGAUUCACCUGAACCCAGCUGUGUGUCCAUGAAGAGUGACCAGUCAAAGGAUUUUCGAAUUAUGUUCAGGGAGGGUGACUCUUUCCCUGAAGCAAGUGUUGAGCAGAGUCAAGCAACACAUUCACAUGAAUUUCACUCAGACGUCAAGGGGCAGGAGCACCAAGUUGUCUUCUCAUCAGAACGGACCUCUGUGUAUCAGCAAAGGUUUAAGUCCAAAAUGCAGGAGAAAUUUCAGAUAAUUAAUGAAGGAAUCUCAAAGCAAGAAGCCUCAACCCUUCUGAAUAUGGUCUACACAGAGCUCUACAUCACAGAAGGUGAAAGUGGAGAAAUGAAUGAUGAACACGAGGUGAGACAGAUUGAAGCAACGUCAAUACGGGCAGCAACAGAGGAUACACCAAUCAAAUGCAAUGACAUCUUUAAACCCCAACCUGGACAUAACAACCCCCUCAGAACUGUGCUGACCAAAGGCAUUGCUGGAAUUGGAAAAACUGUGUCAGUGCAGAAGUUCAUUCUGGACUGGGCUGAAGGGAAAGCAAAUCAGGAUGUGCACUUCAUAUUUCCAUUUCCUUUCAGGGGGUUAAAUUUGAUGAAGGGUAAAAAUCUUAGUUUGAUAGACCUUCUUUGUCAAUUUUUCUCUGACAUAAAGGAAUUAAAACCCGAGGAUUAUCAUCAGUACAAAGUCAUGUUCAUCUUUGAUGGUUUGGAUGAGUGUCGACUUCCUCUAGACUUCCAGAACAAUGAGAGCAUUUGUGAUGUAACAGAGACAGCUUCAGUGGAUGCUCUUCUGACAAGCCUAAUCAAGGGAAGACUGCUUCCCUCUGCUCUUAUCUGGAUCACUUCUCGACCAGCAGCAGCCAAUCAGAUCCCUCCUGAGUGUGUUGAUCAGGUAACAGAGGUCCGAGGGUUCAGUGAUCCUCAGAAGGAAGAGUAUUUUAGAAAGAGAAUCAGUGUUCAAAACCUUGUUGAUAAAAUCAUCACACAUAUAAAGUCCUCAAGAAGUCUCUACAUCAUGUGCCACAUGCCAGUUUUCUGCUGGAUUUCAGCCAUUGUUCUGGAGAGGAUGUUGGGUGAAGCAGAGAGCGGGGCAAUCCCAAAAACUCUGACUCAAAUGUUUACAAACUUUCUGAUCUAUCAGACCAAACAAAGGAGGCAGAAGUUUCUUCAAAGAAGUGACUCUUAUCCUGACCAGAUCAACGAGUGUAUUCGUGCACUGGGAAAGCUGGCUUUUCAACAGCUUGAUAAAGGCAACCUGAUCUUCUAUGAGGAAGACCUAAGGGAGUGUGGCAUUGAUGUCAAAGAAGCUUCUGUGUACUCAGGUAUUUGCACCCAAAUCUUCAUAGAAGAGAAUGCACUGCACCUAAAGAAGGUAUACAGCUUUGUUCACCUGAGUGUUCAGGAAUAUCUUGCAGCUCUGUAUGCAUUUCUCUCUUUCAUCAACAAAAAUGUCCCAGGACAGCAAACUCUUGGCUUCUUAUGCUUCUCUGAGAAGACAACAAUGUCUGACUUUCUCAAGAGUGCAGUGGAUAAGGCCUUACAGAGUGAGAAUGGACACCUGGACCUUUUCCUCCGCUUUCUUCUUGGUCUCUCAGUAAAAUCCAAUCAAACUGCCUUACAAAGCCUGCUGACACAAAAAGAAAGCCACAGCAAUGAGGAAAUUAUAACAUCCAUAAAGGAGAAGAUCAAAGAUGACCCAGUUCCAGAGAAGUCCAUUAAUCUCUUUCACUGUCUGAAUGAAUUGAAUGACCAUACUUUGCUGCAGGAAGUUCAGGCAUACUUGAGCAGAAGAAAAAGGCAUCGCCUCCAUGGCGUCAGCCUUUCUCCUGCACAGUGGUCUGCUCUGGUGUUUGUGAUUCUGGAUUCAGCUGAAGAACUGGAGAAGUUUGACCUGUGGUGUUAUGAACCAACAGAAGCAUGUUUGUUGAAGCUGUUACCAGUAGUCAAAGCAUCCAGAAUAGCUUCGCUGUGUAAGUGUAAUCUCACAGAGAGAAGCUGUGCAGCUUUGGCAUCAGUUCUCAGCUCAAAGUCCUCUUGUCUUAGAGAGCUGGAUAUGAGCAACAAUAAUUUGCAGGAUUCAGGAGUGAAAAUGCUCUCGGUUGGACUCAGGAGUCCACACUGUAAACUGGAGAUACUCAGACUGGGUGAAUGUAAUCUAACUGAGGAAUGCUGUGCAGUUCUCAACUCAGCUCUCAGUUCAAAUCCCUCAUAUCUGAGAGAGCUGCGUCUCAGCAGGAAUAAUCUGCAGGAUUCAGGAGUGAAGCUGCUCUCUGCUGCACUGAAGAACCCAAAGUGUAAACUGGAAAAACUGAGGCUGAGUUACUGCAGUAUUACAGAGGAAGGCUGUGUUGCUCUGUCUUCAGCUCUGAAAUCAAACCCCUCACACUUGAGAUAUUUAGAGAUGGGAAGGAAUAAACUAGGACAGUCAGGAGUAAAGCAGCUCUCUGAUCUACUGGCAGACUCACAUUGCAAACUGGAGAUACUCAGGUUGUUUGACUGCUGUAUUACAAAGGAAAGCUAUGCUUGCCUGAUUUCAGCUCUGAGGUUGAACCCUUCACACCUGAGAGAGCUGAAUUUGGGCUAUAGUAAUCCAGGAGAGUCAGGAGUGAAACUGCUCUCUGAAUUACUGGCAGAUCCACAGUGUAAACUCGAGUUAUUAAAGUUGCAUGAGAGCAACAUUACAGAUGAAGGCUGUGCUGCUCUGGCUGCAGGUCUAAAAUUAAACCCUUCCUACCUAAGAGAACUGGAUCUGAGCAAGAAUAAAUUAGGAGAAUCAGGAUUGAAGCUGCUCUCUGCCUUAGUGGAGGAUAAAACAUUCAAACUACAGAAAAUCGAAUUGUUGGUUUUUUAAAGCCUUUAAAUUAUUUGUCAAACACAAUAACAAGUUAUUGCUAAAUGCUCUAAAAGGUCUGCCAAAGAAUCUCUGAGUGUCACAGUAAUUUCUGAAUGUUCAGAAAGGAGUGAAAAAUCUAGAUCUAGAACAACCAAAGUUUAUUAUUAUAGUAAUUGUGUUUGGGUUUACUCAAAGGAAAAUGAGAAAAUAUUUAUUAGUAAAUGAAUGAAUUAAUUGGAGUAUAAGUUAAAGAUGCCAAAUGUAGUCGACCGUUUUAUGUAAGAAGUGUGCUUCUUUUUGAACUGGAGCUGUGAGGUUAAUUUUGCUAAUGUUAUAAUCAUGUAUCAUGAAAACGUGAUCUAGAUCUUGCUGUUCAUUGAGUCAAUGAUUGAGCAGGUCGUAGGGAAGCUCCAGUUGGAAUGUAGCAAUAGCAGGUUAGUUCACACGUAAACUGGAUUCUGGUCUGUUUAUUCUCGCAUAAACAUGCUGCUAAAUCAUCAAAAAUGUUUUGUUAAGCUAAAUAAGAAAAGUUACAGAAAAUCUUGCCAUUCCGAAGAUAAUUAAACCUGAAGCUGCUGUCUGAGUGCAUUUUAUUUAGUCUGGAGCAUCAAGUGAUUAGCAGCAGCAUCUUUAUACACAUGAAGCUUUAUGUGAGUCCACAUUUCAUCCUGAAUGGACCUGAUUUAAGCUCAGUGACCAGCAUUCUAAAACACAUUUUAUCACUUUAGAUCAUUCAUAAAAAUCUGGACAUUCAACUUUUGUUAUCAUCAAAGCUUUUAAAUGAUGGCUGUAAUAGAGAACUUUCUCUGAGACAACCGGGAGAGUUGUAUGUAUUUCUUAUUUAGAGUGUAAAUACACUGAUCCAUGUGCUAAAUAUGUAUGUGUAUAUUUCAUGAUAUAGUUUAUUUCACAUAUCAUUUCAUUUGUACAUGGUGCACAUCUCUCUUUCUGUGUACGUCUUGUAGAACAUAACAUAUCAUUAUAUGUUAAAGCACAUUAUGGAUUUCCAGAAAAAUUUAAUGUCUGGACUUUUGAUUGUCAUUGAGAAGAAAAUGAAAUUUUAAGUUGUCAGUCUUAACAUUUAUAGGCAAAAUAGUCCCCAAAGAAAACUUAUUAUUUCAGAUUUUCCACUAUUUUCCAUCAUCAACAUUCCAUAUAAACUCAGAAGACUCGUGUAGGUUCACUGGUGGUUUUGGAGAGUAAAUAAAACGUUUAUAUUUGUGUUGUAGUCAUGGCGACCCCUGGUU